UCUGGCCUAGAGAUAACGCAUCAAUGGAAGCUCUUCUAUUAUGCUGUGAAAUUGGAGCAUUUCUGUUAGAAUCGUUGACGGUACUCUGACCAUUGAAAUUUUGGAGUCUUUGGUGCAACGAAAUAAUCGAAUACCGAUCCCUCUUUAGGGUUUCAUUUCCUUCCGAAGAACGACUUGCCGCCAGGUUUUCUUCACCGGAACUGCAAAUCCGGUGAGAUUACCGGCGGCGAUUUCUGUCUUUUGCUAAUCAGAACUCAGAACUUCAGACUGCACGCACUCUUCAGAAAUUCUCUGCAGGGAGGGAGGUCUUAAAUACACCAAUAAAUCGAUUGGCUGGUUCCUCCUUGCCAAGGAAAAGGUGAAAUCCUUUGGAUUUUGCGUUUCCAGAAGAGGCGGUGAUUGGUGAAUAUUGUUUUAGCGGAGAAGAUGAGUGGUCAAGGAGGUUCUUCCAGGAAGAGCAUAACUCUGUCUAAGUCAUCAUCACAUGGAAAGAAAAAAGCUUUGGAGAAUGGAAGCAGUGAAACUGGGCAUACAUCGAUUUCUUCAUCUCGUUCCGUGAUCCGAUCUGGUGAGCGUACUGUAAAGCACUUGCGGCUAUCAAAAGCCUUGACAAUACCUGAAAAUACUACCAUCAUUGAGGGUUGCCGUCGGAUGGCUGCUCGUAGAGUUGAUGCUUUAUUGCUCACAGACUCAAAUGCUUUACUUUGUGGAAUUCUAACAGACAAGGAUAUAGCAAGAAGAGUAAUUGCUCAUGAGCUAAACCUUGAGGAAACACCUGUCUCCAAAGUCAUGACAAGGAACCCAGUUUUUGUUCUUUCAGACACACUAGCUGUGGAAGCUCUGCAGAAGAUGGUGCUAGGGAAAUUUAGGCAUUUGCCUGUUGUGGAGAGUGGAGAGGUGAUUGCUUUACUUGAUAUAGCAAAGUGUCUAUAUGAUGCAAUUGCGCGCAUGGAAAGAGCUGCUGAGAAGGGAAAGGCCAUUGCUGCAGCUGUUGAAGGAGUGGAAAAGCAUUGGGGGACUUCAAUCUCUGGUUCUAACACAUUCAUUGAGACUCUUAGGGAGCGAAUGUUUAGGCCUUCAUUGUCUACUGUCAUUCCAGAGAAUUCAAAGUUAGUGACAGUUUCACCCACCGAUUCAGUCUUAACUGCAACAAAAAAGAUGCUCGAAGUUCAUUUGAGCUCUGCAAUUGUAACUGUUGGGAAUAAACCUCGAGGAAUUCUUACUUCAAAAGAUAUUCUGAUGCGGGUCAUUGCACAAAAUCUUUCGCCAGAGUCAACUCCUAUGGAGAAGGUCAUGACUCCAAAUCCUGAAUGUGCAACAGUUGAUACACCAAUUGUUGAUGCUCUGCAUACUAUGCAUGAUGGGAAAUUUUUACAUCUUCCUGUUGUGGAUCGAGAUGGAUGCAUUGUCGCUGUUAUUGAUGUAAUCCAUAUCACUCAUGCAGCUAUAGCCACUGUGAGAGGCACGGGUAGUGGGGUUGGAAACGAGACAGCAAACAAUGUGAUGCAAACAUUUUGGGAUUCUGCCAUGGCAUUGGAACCUAUGGAUGAUGAAGAAGAGACACGGAGUGAGGGAUCACUGAAAUUGGCCUCUGAUGGAACAGAGACUGGGAGAUUUGCACCUUCUGGUUCAUUUGGUUUGCCUAAUAGCUUUGGCUUCAAGAUUGAAGAUAAAAAGGGCUGGAUGCACAGAUUCAACAGUGAUGUUCAUAGUUUGACAGAUCUUUUAACUUCCAUCCUCCAAAGGGUGGGUGGCGACAUUAAUCGGAACCACUUGCCCCAUAUUUCGUAUGAAGACGAAGAUCAUGAUAAAGUCGUGAUUGCAUCCGAUGGUGAUCUUAUAGCAGCUGUGGACCAUGCAAGGCAGGUCGGUUUGAAGAGUUUGAGGUUGCAUCUAGAUUAUUCAGGGUCAGAUGGUCAGGGUUGUGGUGGUUCAAGAGGUUUAGAUUAUGCACACCGAGACGCAUGGGCUUCUGCAUACAGUGCUGUUGUAGCAGGGGCUGCAGUCGUUGCUGGACUUGGUGUAUUGGCAUAUUUGCAGAGAUCCAGUUAGAUCUACUGGUAUUACCAAGAAUAGCCUGGAGCACACAAAGAUGUUGGAAGAAGCAGCUAUUGGUAUGGAAGGGAUGCCUCUUCUAUAUUCGACGGCAUGCAUCGUUCUAUUUUUCAGGACAUGAAAUAUGGCUUGAAUGGAUUCUUCUGAAAAUUUGGGGGUGGGGGAGAAAAAAAUAAAGAAUGGAAGGCCUGAUGUCAUAAAAUCUUCAGAGGGUCAGUUUAUCUGCUGCUGGUAAUUGCAUAAAAUUUACCUUUUUUUUUUUUUUUGGAAGCAUAAGUUUCCUAUUUGUAUACAUAUAUGUAGACAAUUUUGUGUUGGGUAAUUGUAUUACAAUUUUUUACAAGAUACAAAUUGCAAUACAAAGUUUUGCAGUAUAAA